UUUACGCAGGAGGAGCAAAAAAUGAGACAGAAUUGUCAGAAGAGUAAUAUUCACGCUCUGACUUGUUUGUCCAAUGAAUUUUGAUCAAAUCUGCGUCGGGUGAACACAUACGAUAACAUUUCCGAAGCUCUUAACACCCUGCAUAACUUCUAUAACGUGUCAAAAUUAUGAAUAUGAACUUAAUGUGCCACAGUAAUGAAUUAUGAUUCAUUUCUAGCGAUGCUUCCUGAGGGUGAUGGCAACUCUGCCAGCAAGCCGGAGCAUCAGGGCACCAGUUUACCUUCAUGUGAAGAGGGCGGCGACCUGGCCAAGUGGAUCAGAGACAAGAUCUUCAAAAAGGAGUGUGUUUACUUCAACAAAGGAGCUGGAGAGGGGGUUUGUAAGUGUGGCUACCUGAAGGAACUACACAUGGAGGAAGCCAUCAGAGCUGACAAAUACGCAGGAGAGACGUGGAGCAUAGACAGACAUGUGCAAGAGUUCCCCACGGAUGCUUUUGGGGACGUCACAUUUGGUGGCUCCAGUCCAAAGCUCAGCAAGUAUGUCCGGGUGUCAGCAGACACCGAUCCUGAGGUUUUGUUUCAACUCUUGACUGAACAGUGGAAUCUUCCUCCACCCAAACUCCUGAUCUCAGUGACUGGAGGGGCCAAGAACUUCUCCCAGAGGUCGAGUCUCAAGACCAUGUUCCACAGAGGGCUCAUCAAAGUCACCCAAAUCACAGGUGCAUGGAUCAUGACCGAUGGCACUGACACUGGGGUGAUGAGGCAUGGUGGUCGCGCGGUGAAGGACUUUUCUCUGGGAAGUGAUCAAGUGGUGACCAUCGGUGUGGCGACAUGGGGAAUCAUACACAACAGAGAGACCUUGGUGGACACUGAGGGACUUUUCCCAGCACAUUACACGUUGGAUGUUGCCAAACAGGGUCCCCUCUCCUGCCUGGACAGCAACCUCACCCACUUCCUGCUGGUGGAUGAUGGAACUCAUGGCAGUUAUGGUGGGACGAUUGAACUGCGCUCCCGUCUGGUGAAGUGCAUCUCAGAGAAACCUCUUGACAACACAGGCAACAGCUCGACUAUUCCUGUGGUGUGUUUGAUUUUGCAUGGAGAACCACAUACUUUAAAUAGCAUCUACAACGCCAUGCUGAAUGACACUCCCUGUGUGAUCCUGGAGGGCUCGGGCAGAAUAGCAGAUGUCAUCGCUCAUGUUGCGCAUAUGCACCUGUCCAAAGUCACCAUGAGCCUCAUCCGUAAGCUGAUGGUCAAGUUCUUCCCCAAAGAGUCGCAAGAUUUUUCGGAACGGCAGAUUAUCGAGUGGACUAAGAAGAUCCAGGACAUCAUGAGAAUGUCUCACCUGCUGACAGUGUUGAGAGUCAGUGAGAAAAAUCAAGGCGAAAUGGAUGCAGCCAUUCUGCAAGCUCUGUUUAAAGCAUCAAGAUACAAUGAGCCUCAGGGAGCUGAAGUCUGGAAGCGUCAGCUGGAGCUCGCCAUCGCGUGGAACCAAGUCGACAUCGCUAAGAAUGAGAUCUUCACUGAAGAGAACCAGUGGACGUCCUCUGACCUCCACUCAGCCAUGGUGUCAGCCCUGUUGGGGAACAAACCCCAGUUUGUGAAGCUGUUGCUGGAGAACGGUCUGAUUUUGAGCAACUUCCUGGAGGAAGAGGACAUGCUGUCUUAUCUGUACACAAAUAUGCCCAGUUGCUUCUUCAAGGCCAAGUUGGACAAGAUCCCACAAGAUGAUUGUAAAAUGCACCACGUGUCGGAAGAGGUGUGCCACUUUUUAGGCAUCUUCAGUCAGCCUCUCUAUCCCACAAAACAGUUCAGCAUGUCUGUGGAUGAAACGCCAUCGCUCUCCAGACAUAAGUCAGGAAUUCGCCUGCUGAUGGAGGAGGACAUUCAGGCUCCAUGGCAUCCGGCCAGAGAUCUAUUCCUGUGGGCCGUCGUCCAGUCCAACAAGGAGCUGGCUGAGAUUGCUUGGGAGCAGUGCAGAGACUGCAUAUGCGCCGCUCUGGCUGCCAGUAAGAUCUUGAAGAAAAUGUCAAUAGAAGGAAGUGAUGCUGACGAGGCGGAGGACAUGAGGCUGCUGGCCAGACACUAUGAGCAACAUGCCAUCGGUUUGUUCACUCAGUGUUACAACAGUGAUGAGCAGCUCGCAAAGAAGCUGUUGGUGCGUGAGUCUCCGUUUUGGGGCAGAACAACUUGCCUGCGUCUCGCUCUGAGGGCGGAUAAUAAAAACUUUGUGGCUCUGACAGGAGUUCAGGCUCAUCUGACUCAGAUCUGGUGUGGAGAACUGUCUGUGGACAAUCCUGUGUGGAGAGUUUUCAUCUGCAUGAUCUUCUUCCCACUCAUAUACACCGGCUUCCUGAAGUACCGACGAGAUGAAAUAGCCCGCGAGGAGAAAAAAAAGAAUAAGCUGGAGGUGAAGGCAAGAAAGUCACGUGACCAAGAGCCCACAAACACAUCCUCGUUGGGUUGCUGGUCCAGACUAGUGGGCCUGUACGAUUCCCCUCAGGUCAAGUUCUACUGGAGCAUCGUGUCUUACUUUGGCUUCCUCUUCCUGUUCUCUGUGGUGCUGAUGAUGGACUUCCAGGUCACACCCUCAACUGCAGAGCUUCUGUUGUAUGUUUGGCUGCUGUCCCUGCUCUUUGAGGAGGUCAGGGAGCUCUUUUCCGACCCAGAUGGAUUUGGGUUUCAAAAGAGAGUCAAAAUGUACAUCAAUGAUGCUUGGAACAUUAUAGAUGUUUUGUCCAUUGCCCUUUUCUUCCUUGGCCUGGCAUUCCGUCUGACCACAGUGCUCUUCUACGCCGGCAAGAUCAUCCUCUGUAUCGACUUUGUGGUCUUCUGCCUCCGUCUCAUGGCCAUCUUCACCAUCAGCAAAACCCUUGGACCAAAGAUCAUCAUCCUCAAGAAAAUGAUGAUGGACGUGUUCUUCUUCAUGUUCCUGCUGAGUAUCUGGGUGGUGGCCUAUGGUGUCGCCAAGCAAGGAGUCCUCAUCCACAACGACAAUCGACUGGACUGGAUUCUGAGGGGAGCAGUUUUUGAGCCGUACCUCAUCAUAUAUGGGAACUUCCCCACGAACAUUGACUAUGCUGGAUUCAAUAUAAAUUCCUGUAGCAUGAAUGGGACUGAUCCUCUGAAACCAAAGUGCCCAGUGCUGACUGAAGACCAGACGCCCGCUUUCCCUGAGUGGCUGACCAUCAUCAUGUUGUGUGUUUACUUGCUCUUUGCCAACAUCCUGCUCCUCAAUUUGCUCAUAGCCAUCUUCAACUUCACGUUCCAGGAAGUUCAAGACAACACAGACAGAAUAUGGAAGUUCCAAAGAUACGAGCUGAUCAGAGAGUACCACAGCCGCCCUGCUGCUGCUCCGGCCUUCAUCAUCCUCAGCCACAUCUACCUCUUUAUCAGGGGCGUGAUUCUGCGAAUGCCAGGCUUCCAACCCAAAGACUUCAAAGACACGCUGCCCAAGAAGGAGGAGGAGGAGCUGCUGACCUGGGAGGCCCUGAUGAGGGACAGGUACCUGCUGUCUUCCCAGCAGCAGCAGCGUCAGACUGUUGAGCAGCGCGUGGAGGAUACAGCGCUGAGGGUGGCGGUGAUGAGUGAGCGACUGGAGCAGUCUACAGCUGCACUGCAGAGCAUCCUGGAGACUCUGAGGUCUGCAGGGUUUCCAGCCAAAGAUCCACAUGCACCACCAACGCCAACCAGGUAUUUCCAUGAUGGACCAGACUCAGCCAUUGUCCAUGUGAAAGCUCGCCAGCUUCACUACCCAAACUCCAAAAUGAGACGCUUCCCUGUGCCUGAGGAGAAGGUCCCAUGGGAGGUCAGCUUCAGCUCUUACAUGCCGACUGAUUUCACACCUGAGGAGAGUGGAGACGUGGUGGACAGAUCUGCAAAUGAGCUCCCGGAUAAGUACAGAAACCCAGGGGGAAGGACAGGCAUUAAAGGAAGAGGUGCUUUAAGCUGUUUGGGCCCGAAUCUUUGCACUGAUGUUGUCGUAACACGCUGGAGAGAUGGUGAGCCGUCUGUUCUGGAGUUUCUGGGAAUUCAGGAUGACAUCCGGAGGACCUUGGAACUCCCUGGAGGACCGGUCCAGUCACCUGAUCAACUGCCGGAGCGCUUGAAGAGAAGCAUGGGGAUUCCACUGUAUGAGAAAGUCAACCAGAGAUUAUCGACAGCAGCAAAGGUGUUUGAAGGCUAUGUUGACGACAGUAGGAACACAGAUAAUGCCUGGGUGGAGAGCGUCGUCCUGAACCUUCACCUGGACUGGUCCGCUGUAGAAGAUGUUGAAAUCAUAAACAUGAUUGCCGACAGCAAUGGCUCCCUCAAGUGGAAGGACAUCAGCAGCAAAACUGGACUCAGUUCAAACCAGAGUGAUGCUCUUCAGAGGGUUGCAGAGAGACACAACAAGAAAUGUUGAUCUUGAUCUUCAUCAGGUUUUUAUGCGAUGCAGCCUCGUAGUUCAAAUUCAGGUAUUGAAGUCCUCAGAGCCAUAAUGAUGCACUGUGCUGUGUAAACCCACGGUCAGAAAUACAGGUGACACAAUAAUCUCCAUCCCCAUCAAGACAAGUGUCAUCAUAACUGAAAGGACUGUGACUAUGGGUUGAGCAUUUAUCAUUUUAUUGACGGUGUUUACCUUCAUUUCUCUUAUGCUGGACCUGAUGUAUAAUCUGUUUGUUGGUGACUGUGUCAGCUGGCUGUUCAGUCCACCAAACUACAUUGUAAAUGCUUUCAUCAAACCUUGAAAUCUACCUGCGUUUGGAGCACAUUGUGUGUCAUAAACAAUAUAAUUAAUAUAUAUAAUAAAAUGUUUUCUCACUACCAUGAAAUCUCCACAUUCUAGGACGAGGUGUACGACAUCCUUUGAUUCUUCGUGUUAGGGUUAGGGUUAGGGUUAGCAGGGUAACUGGCGUAACCCUUCUUACCCUUUUGCAGUAGGAAACCAUAAAGAUAUUGUACCAGAUCAGAAAGCAUUCAGUUCCUUAUAGCCAGCGGUGCACCUCAAUAAAAGACACAUACAAUGUUUGUUAAAACCUUAGUAGACAAUUAGGAAAAAUAAAGAUUUCACAGAGCUGGUGAAUUGGACACAGCGACAGUGAUCUUGUGAGUCGAUGGUGGGAUGUGCAUCCAACCCGAAGAAUCAACAAUCCUUUGAUGGCAACUGAAAAGAAAAAAACUUCUGAACUAAGCAGGCCAGGAGAUGUACAAAAUGUCAAUCAACGUCCGUUACAUAAUACUCCAAAUAAGUUUCAAAUAAGUCUCUGGUAGUUAUAAACAACUAUCUAAAUGUCAAAUAAUUUAGCAGUACAACAAAAGAAAAUCCAAAUUUAAUUUACUGUGAUGACACCGUAAGGUAGAUUGAAAUAAAUUUCACACAUACAUCAAAUGACUGACUCAAUCAUUCUCUCCAUUAACAUUCUGAAACACACAGUUACACACCUUCUUCUCACUGCUGCGGAACAGCAAGAGAAACCUCCACAACUAUACUUACUAACAUACAUUCUCAUCAGUCAUAGACACAUAAAAGAAAAUUCACCAAAACAACACAGACAACACUCAUAAAAUCACUCGGUUCACAUCCACAGCACGUCCAUUAUCAACCGUUCUAUUUCCUACGUGCUCCGACCUCUUGGUUUAACCACUCCGAAGCCCCACAUCCCUCCUGAGAAUUGAUUGUCUAAACUGUCCACCAGGUAGGCUCCACCUCUCCCAAUAAAAUCCACUGUUCACCACCAUUUGUCCCCUUUUGUCACUCUGAGGUGCGAGGAAAGCGACUUGCGCUACUUGCCACACUUUUUUGGAGGAAGGAGAUUUGCAUGAUUGACACACUGCUUCAACUGUUUGGGGGCCCAGCACAUUUUGGCGUUCGACUCUUGUGCUGCGUGUGUUGACCUCACUGUAGAAGAGCGCUGAAAAAGGGAGGCUCUCCGCUCGUGUUUUUUUGCGGCUUCGUCGGGCAGGUCGAGCUGCUGGAACCUGUCUCGUCUCAGCCCAAGGGCAAGGGGUAAGCAGCCUUAGGUGAAGCCCUGGGACCAGCUCCAUCCACUGGCGUUCGCUGCAAUAAAAAAUCUAAGAAGUAUUCUCUGUCUGGUGAUUCAUGUACUGUUGAACAUACUCUUGCUUUGUUUGACGGGGUUUCACAUGGUUCGUUUUUGGUCGGGGUUUUGUAAGGCCUAAUGCUGUG